CUGUUCCCCCGUUAAAGAAGAUGGCGGUCUGCAUGGAAUAGAAGUAUUUCACUUUUUUUCUGGACAAGUUUCUGCAUUUCCUCAGUUGUUCUUGUUGGCAUAUUAAACGCAGGUUGUGGUUCAGCAAUGGAGGUCCCGGAGCCUGGGCCAGCGGAUGGGGCAGAGCGGUUGGUGGAGUUGAGACCACGGACCCGCUCCAACCCGGAGGGGGCAGAGGACCGGAGGAACAGCAACCCCCAGACCAGUGUGGGCAGCAGGAGCGAGGGAGAGGGGGAGGCAGCCAGGAGCGACAGCCCUCCCAGCUCAACCAGCAGCACUGCGGCCACCACUACCGCCACCGUCACCACCACCAGCACCAAAGACCGGGCCAAAACAGUGCCACCACCCUCUGUGACCACUGCUGCCUCCCCAGCCACAGAGUACCAGCUGCGCACGCCCAGGGUCAACUGUCCAGAGAAAGUGAUAAUCUGCCUUGACCUGUCGGAGGAGAUGUCCCUGCAGAAGCUGGAGUCCUUCAAUGGGUCAAAAACAAAUGCGCUGAACGUCUCCCAGAAGAUGAUCGAGAUGUUCGUCAGGACGAAGCACAAGAUUGACAAGCGUCACGAGUUUGCGCUGGUGGUGGUCAACGACGACGCCCUGUGGCUGUCUGGUUUCACGUCUGACCCCCGGGAGCUGUGCAGCUGCCUCUACGACCUGGAAACAAAUGUCUGCGAGUCUUUCAAUCUUGAAGACCUUUUAAAUCUAAUCCGCCAGAAGAUAGAACUGCCUCAGACAGAGAACAUCCAGACAAUCCCCCCCCCAUACGUGGUGCGGACCCUGCUCAUCUACGGUCGGCACACUGGACAGCCGCAGUUCAACCCCUCCGACGCCAUCAGCAAGAUGCUGCAGUCUCCCUACUUCUUCUUCGACGUGGUUUACCUUCACAAUGGAGCCGAGGAGCAGGGCGAGGAGAGCAGCUGGAAGGAUGUCUACACCUCGUUCUGUAACCUGGACUCAAAGGGGAUUUGCUACCGGUUCGAGGUGUCUCUGUGUGGGCCGGCCGUCGAGCUGCACAACUGCAUGGCCAAGCUGCUGUCCCACCCCUUACAGAGGCCCUUCCAGAGCCACGCCUCCUACAGCCUGCUGGAAGGGGAGGAGUCCCAAGAGAUCGAGGCCACUGUCUAGGAGGGAGAGGGGAAAGGGAGUGUGGACAGUGACGGUUCUUCCACUGCCCCACCUGUAUUGAUUGCUGGAGGGGGAGGGGCAAAUAUAGGUCAACAUGGUGGGGGCAGAGUCUGACCGUCAGAAGUCACGCCCCCUGUUGACUGCGAAAGGAGGAAGAGUCAGAUGCUACCAACUUCUACAGCCGAUAGAAAUGACUGCAGCUGUGAGACAGCUCCCUCCCAUCUGUGUGUAUGCAGUAUGCCUUGUCAGCAGAAUCUUUGUAUUAGUGAGUGUAUAUAGCCACUGUGUAUAGUUUGCGCAGACUGAAAGCUCCUUAUUUGAAAUGUACAGUGCUGUAUGCCAGCACAGUGAACGCACACACACUGGAAUUGCAGAUUUCUGCAAGAGGUUUUAAGAAAUGCCCCUGAAGUGAGGCACAGGGUGAUGUCAGGUGAUGUUAAAUAACACAUUUUAAAGUUGUGUGAGAUUUGAAUCGGCAAAUCAUAUCUAA